CGGGAACUAUUUUAUGGAACGAGUAACUAUCAUUACUUUAACUAACCGAAUAACGUGGAAAUGUAAAAACGAGAUUGAAUAAGAAAAAGUAAAAAAAAUGUUAGUCACCCAAAUCAACCUAUAAACUUUUUGAUAUUAAUAUUGGCAACAAAACCAUAGCAUUUCAAUUUGUUUUGAGGGAAUAUGCGUGGGCCGCUAACCAUUUAAAAAAGGGGGAGUGAACGAGAGAGUUGUAUAGCCUAUGUAUGUUAUGUUACUCCGUUUUUUUUAUGGAUGUGUAAGUGAGUGCAGGGGUGUGAUGUGACGCGUGUCCGUUCGCCAGCUGUAUCCCAUCCAUUUUUUAACCGCUUUUUUGCCUCUACGGUACUAUAGCCUAUAGAGAUAGAUAGAUAAUAGGUCGAAUCGUCAUACAUUACAGCGUUCGGAAUUAGGGUAACGCCGCUCCGCCCGUAACAUAACGCUCUCUUACCCCCAACCUGCAGUACCGGUCACCCACCCUACCCCCACCCCACCCCGCUUCUUGUAUAUAACCAACCCCUCCCUUCUCCGUUUCCUUUCGACUGAAAAAAAACUCCUUCCCCUGUUCAUUCUUCUUAAUCAGCCUCAAUUUUUGUAAAUUGGUAACCGAAAAUUAAACAAUAAGAUCGGUUCAUGUUUUUGGGUUGAUCGAUCAUGAUCGGAACAGAAAUGGCUUCUAAUUCUCGGAAAGAUGUGGAUCGGGUCAAGGGCCCCUGGAGCCCCGAGGAAGAUGAACUGCUGCAGCAACUGGUUCAGAAGCAUGGCCCCAGAAACUGGUCUCUCAUCAGCAAAUCCAUCCCCGGCAGAUCCGGGAAGUCCUGCCGCUUGCGGUGGUGCAACCAGCUGUCUCCGCAGGUGGAGCACCGCGCCUUCACGCCGGAGGAAGACGACACCAUCAUCCGCGCGCAUGCCCGGUUCGGCAACAAGUGGGCCACUAUCGCGCGCCUCCUCUCUGGCAGGACCGACAACGCCAUUAAGAACCACUGGAACUCCACGCUCAAGAGGAAGUGCUCUUCUAUGAGCGCCGACGAAGGCAGUGAUCUCGCCGACAUGAUCCACCAGCAGCCGCUGAAGAGAUCGGUGAGUGCCGGCGCGGCCCUCCCUGUUUCGGGUCUUUACUUCAAUCCGGGUAGCCCUUCCGGGUCGGAUGUCAGUGAUUCAAGUCUACCUCCUAUGUCCCCUUCAACUCAUGUUUUUAAGCCGAUACCUAGAACCGGCGGUGUUCUGCUUUCUCAGGUCGAGACUCCGCCGCUACCUCCGCCUCCGAUUGACCCUCCGACGUCCCUGAGCCUUUCCCUCCCUGGAGUCGACUCGCCGGAGGUCUCCCCACGGCUGACCGAGUCAACCCAUUCCCGAAGUCCAAUUCCUCUAUUCUCCGCGGCGAUGCAGACACCGCCGCUGCUUCCGCCUAUGUCGUUUCAUCAAAUACCUCAUGAAAACCCCGAUCUGGGAGGCGAAGCACCGCCAAUGGCUGCGAAGGAGACACAGGUCCAGCAAGACAGAGUCUUUGUGCCGUUCAGCCAGGAGUUGCUGGCAGUGAUGCAGGAUAUGAUCAAAGCAGAGGUCAGGAGUUACAUGAUGGACGCCGAACAGAACCACCACAACAGCUACCAGCAACGACGGCGAUAUGACCAGCCGCCGCAACAAGUGUUGCAAUUUCAGCCACAGCCACCGUCGCAGAAUGGGAAUGGGCACGUGAUGUUCAUGCAACACGCGACCGCUGCGGCCAUAAAACGUGUCGGAGUAAAUCGAACGGAGUAAUUGAGAGAUGCAAGAGGCGAUUAGAGGAAAAAGAAACCACCUUUGUUUCGUUUCUCAUAUUUAGAGCUAUGGUCAAUGAAGGGACCUGACCGACCAUGGAAUGGCCUGAACAAAUAAAUUUGGGCUUGUACAGAAAAAAAGAGAGUAAAGGAAGAAAACUGAGUUGAGCUCCAUGAAAGGGCAUGUCCAAAAACGAAAACAAGAAAAUGUUAAAAACAGAAUUUCUAUCCUUUCUAGCCUGUUGUUUGGUUAAGUUUCUUAAGGACUUCAAGAAUCAAGAGAUUUAAAACUGUUGCAAAACCCUGCUCAACAAACAUAGUAAUAAUGCUUUCUAUACAAUGAAGUUUCAAAUCGAUGGUCUAUGUUUCUCAAUAUCUGCACUUUUGAUUUGAGCAAUUUCAGAAGUUACUUCAAAUUGUUGCAAAAAGC